AUGGGCGCAGGUUACCCGCGUGACUGGCGAAAUGUACCAGAAUUAAUGCUUUCUUGUAAUGCUGCGUCGAACAACAUUCCCAGCUCUUCUUCAGUGAGUGACAUUGGGUCCAAUAUGGCGCCUGCUGCAUCUACGGCAAAAUUGCGAAUGGAAAUCUGCUCGAUCAAAUGCAAGCAUUUGCAAAUCCGUGGGUUGGACUUUUCUGCGGACAGGCCCUAG